AUGCUCCCUGGUCUGUCACCGACGUAUUUUCUUGACGCACAGCCCUUGAGCGAUGGUCCGAUCACGACGAGAGAAAUUCAACAACUCCUUGUCUUGCACGAGUCGAUCACCAACUUCGUGGCCAAAGGCUGGAUACUGCGGGCACCGGACCCAGACGACGAGGACAAGACGACCAUUGAAAUAGUGUUUGUUUACACAGACCACGUAUACCAGCUUAGCCUGCAAUUUACCGUCUGCCUCAUCGACCCAGAUGAAAGUGUUGAUCGCGAGAAGUGUCGAUGGGUCGUUCAAUAUCGUCCGCAUGCUCUGCAUCGCUUCUUUAAGGGAGAGCCCCAGACUCAGGAUAUGAGCCUGAUGCACCCUUAUGACCAGGACAAGUGGUGCGCCAUGGGCCCUAAUAACGAGGGUGCCACCCUGUUCGCGGAUAUUCAGCAAGUCGUUGCAAACAUUGGAUCGACUCUCCGUUUGCCACGGGCGCCUGGAAUCAACUUCACCGUCGACAUGGCUUCGGCGCGCCGAUGUCAGGAGCCCGACGGAGAGCCAUCCGCUCGCCCUAGUCGACGAACUCGAUCACCGAUCCGACGCCAACAUCGAUUGAACGAUGCCAUACAGCGACAGGACGAUCUGCAUAGGCGCGUGAUGAGGGCGGAGCGUCUCGUCGGCGCAAACUUGGGCAUGUGGUGGCCUCUGAAUAGAGGCCUGUCGGAAUCCGUCGCCUUGGAGACGUCUGUGUGGGCUCAGUUGCGAUUCUUUGGCGUGUUUCUCAUUGGCCGGGAACGUCUUGGACCGGAUGGUGAAUACAAGGCAAUGGGGCGCAGAAGUCAAAUCGAAUGUUAUUCGCUUUCCUUUCAAAUUGGCACCUUGCUGUACAAAUUCAAGAUGGCCUUCCAUGGACACCGGGUAGCCGCUCGCGGCCGCCGUCCUCGGGGUCUGGAAGACAGGCUUCACUAUAUGCCUGGGACGCUUCACGACGCUUUCGCGGAAGAUCCCACAUCUUCGACCGUCCCUUUUCCUACCAACUGGCCCCUCGCCGUCCCGCUGUGUCUCGAGAAGACAAAGGGGCUGCAGUUCCUUCUUGCGGAGAUACGACGCACCUUGCAUCCUAUGUCCCGUCAUGAAGAGCAGAUGGCGACGGUGGAAUUUUUGCCAGGAUUGCCUCCAAAUAUCUUGGGAUUCACGCCGGAGGAUUACAUGGACGUCAGACAUACAUAUUGUGACGCCGAUGGAUUCGACCUCCAACCCGACUCAUAG